UUAACCACCAACGCCUUCGCUUCGUCUUAAUGUAACCGAGCGUUCCGUCGCUGAGGAGUUUUGGCUCCUCGGGCUCCCGUAGCCAUGGUGGCGCCAUGAGCAGCCAAGAGGGAGCGGGAGGGAAGAGAAGAGACACGCUUCUGUGGGGCUCCUUUGGACUCCGUAGUUCGAAUUCCCUUUGGCGUGAAUGCCUUUAAGUCAGAACGCAGAGCAGGGCCGGGGCGAGGCUCGGGGGGCCGGGAGCGGUGGGCGCGCUUUGUUGCCUCAGGGGCUGUGGGACUACAUUUCCCGUGAUGCCUUUCGAAGACAGCCGCCUCUCACUUCCUGGCUACGGAGGAUGCAGGGAAGCGGAGGAGGGCGACAGUGAGGGGCUGGGACCCCGCUUGACAGCGCUCUCGCAAGGAUGAACAGAACAAAAAUUGAUGAGGAAGAAUAUUGGCACAGUUCCAAAUGUAAAGCCUUCACUUUUGAUGAUGAAGAAGAUGAGCUCUUCCAGUUGAAGGAGUCCAAGCGAGCAGUGAACAGCCUCCGAGAUAUUGUAGAUGAUGAUGAUCUUGAGAAGAUCACCUGGAGUGGAGAGCCUGUAGGCAGCAUUUCCUGGUCCAUCAAAGAGACUGUCUCCAGCAGCACUAAUAGCUCUGAGGGGAGAGAUGUGAGUCUACAAAAGGGCUCAUCGGGAUUUCCCAAGCAAGCCUCCUCUUACUCACUGAGCAGCUUUUUCAAAGGAAGGAACAAGCAUGGGAGUUUUCAGUCACUUUCGGAUGCUCUUACAGACACGAGUUUUAAAAAUUAUGCCCCAGAACUGCGCAGACCAAAAGCAGAUUACAAGGAUUACAACAGUGACUGGAGCCCUAGAGACACAGUAAGACGGCUACAAAGGGGGAAGGUCUGCUCUCUAGAAAGGUUUCGCUCCUUGCAGGACAAGUUGCUACUAUUGGAUGAAGCUGUUGCAGCACACGAUGGGAACGUUAUCACAGCUAUUCUAAUAUUUCUGAAGAGGACCUUGAAGAAAGAGAUCUUAUUCAGAGAGCUGGAGCUACGGCAGGUGGCUUUGCACCAUUUGAUACAUUUCCUCAAGGAAACAGGGGACCAAAAGCUCCUCUUAGACCUGUUGAGAUUCCUGGACAGGACUGAGGAAGUUGCUCUGACACAGUACCGUGAACACUUGAGUAUCCGGGAUGCAGAGAAACGAAAAGAUUUUCUGAAAAGUUGCAUUGGGUUGUCAUUUUCACCUGACGAUGCUGCUCACAUUCAAGAUCAUUAUACACUCCUGGAGAGGCAGAUCAUUAUUGAGGCAAAUGACAAGCAUUUAGAGUCAGCUGGACAGACGGAAAUAUUUCGGAAAUACCCUCGCAAGGCCUCUAUCCUAAACAUGCCAUUAGUCACCACACUGUUCUACUCCUGCUUUUACCAUUAUACGGAGGCAGAGGGCACCUUCAGUAGUCCAGCAAAUUUGAAAAAAACCUUUAAGAUUCCAGACAAACAGUUUGUGUUGACAGCCCUGGCUGCUCGUGCCAAACUGCGAGCUUGGCAUGAUGUAGAUGCUUUGUUCACCACUAAGAACUGGUUGGGUUAUACCAAAAAAAGAGCUCCUAUUGGUUUCCACAGGGUGGUGGAGAUCUUACAGCGAAACAAUGCCCCAGUGCAGGUCCUACAGGAAUAUGUGCGCCUAGUAGAAGAUGUUGAGGCAAAACUUAAUCUUGCUGUAAAAUACAAGUGCCACGAUGUUGUUAUAGAUACAUACAAGGACUUGAAGGAUCGUCUCCAAUUGAUGGCAUAUAGAUGUAAAGUUGAGCGAGGAUCUUCAGCAGAGGAGAAGAUUGAUAGCAUCCUCAACAACCCGCAAAUCCGGUGGAAGAAUUGAAAGAUGCUUACUGAACUCAGGCCCAGCCUGAUUUCUUAUAGCACAAUAAGGUCAAAGAGGACAACUGCCAGGUGCAGUUUGCCAUUGGUUUCAAGUCACUGUCUAGUGUGUCUCUUGUCAGCUGACACUGCCUUUGGAUCCUGGGAAAGAAGAAGACAUCUAGGUGUUGGUACUAGCGAAAAUCACAUGUUCAGUUAAUGGAAUACAAAAUUAACAUAAUGAAUGUACAUUGUUGUACAGAUGAGACAAGUAAAUCUGGGGCAAGAAGUAGGUGGCUCUGCUAUGAGAAGAUUAUUUAUCACCUCAUCUGAAAAGAUAUGGACAGCUACUGAUGGAAUAAUUUUUCAUGUAUAAUAAUUUUUCAUGUAUAAUAAUUUCAUGUAUAAUAAUUGUUUCCAGUCCUUCCAGAGCUAAAGCUUAGAAUAGUGGCUGCUGUUACAGGAUGAAAUACUCUGAACUGAACAGUGUUCUUGCCUUUAUUACAAAAACAACAUUACUGGAAUUCUUAUUUAACCAAGAAAAGACCAUGGAGAUAAACCCCACUCAUGUUUCUUCUUCAGAUAUAUGUACUUUAACCACAUGACCUUUUAGCCAAUAAGAACUUGAAAUCACUUCAAAUUAGAGACUUCUUUGCUUAUUGGACAACUGAAAUAAUAUCCUCUUCCCCCCAAAAGGGCUAAUAAAAUUGUUUGUCCUUUUGUAUUUAUGUCCCAGGGUAUGCUCUGAGUCUAGAUGCUCUUUCUAGGUUCAUUUCUGUUAAUGGGUCUUUUCUGUUAAUUCUCCCCAUUGUCCCCUUUCAUAUCUGUAAAUAAAGAUUUGCAUCCCAUCUCUG